UGAAUGUAAUAAAUUUCGGAAAUGUCAGAUUUCAGCCAAGCGAGCCGGUUAGUUUUUGUCUAAAUUAUAAUCCCAAAUGAACUUUCUUUUUAACUGUACGCUGAAAUAAAGCUAACACUGCUAUAAACAAGAUGUCUGAAGUAGAAAAUAAUGAAACACCAGUUCAAAAUGAAGAGAAAGAUUAUGUCGAAGAUGGCAAAAAUAAGUUUAUUGUUAAGUGUAAAUUCUGCGGCUCAAGAAUAUUAGACAAGAAAUCAGCGAAGUAUAUCACGAUAGAGAAAGAUCUGCCAUUGAUGCAACAAGACAACAACAGGAAAGAGGGUGAAAUACAAAAUGAAUCUGUAAAUGAAUUCUAUCAUGUUGAAAACAUGUAUACAUUUGAAAAUAUUGGUUUUACACACACUGUAGCUAAUUGCAAAUAUUUAAGUUGUGCGGAUUGUGAUGCGGGACCUGUUGGUUACUAUGAUAAUGAUACGAAACAUAGUUAUGUAGCUAUAUCCAGAAUUGUACAUGCUUAAAAUAAAGUUUUUUUUAUUUCUU